UACUGCUGCGUGGGGGUGGAGCAAGAUCGUCCUAGUAGAGUUCGCGGUAGGUACUAGGAAGGUUGAGGCUUGGCAUUGUCGACACAGUAAUAAUUCAGCGCAACCGAUACAAUUGAUAACCAAGUGUCCUUUCGCUUUGGAGGAAUUCCACGACCACGACAUGCGCAAAUCCUAGUCUGCGGGACUUGAGAAGAACACGAUGGCGAUACGGUUCCCGGUUCUUUCUUUUCCCCUGAUAUGCUUCUUGCUGUUCGUCCUCGAGCUUGGCUUCGUGGGUGAAGUGAAUGCUGCCGACCACCCCAACAUUCCCCUGCCGAGCUAUCAUUAUGGGGCUCCGAUUGAAGUUAGUUGUCUGAAUAGAAGCAUGUAUGUUGUUCUCCUUCUGCUUGGUACUUUGGAUCUUUGAGAUGGGGUUCUUGCAUUGGAAUUCAUGUCUGGGAGCUGUGCGGUCAUGGAAAUGCUAAUAAGCUGUCUGGUAGUGACACUGGGGAGCAUAUUUCGAACGAGAAGAAUGAGUUGGAGUAUAUAUCCUUUCCCGUCUGCGAGGAAACCGGGAAACCACUAGAAUUACGAUAUGGAGUUGAAGACGGUAUCCUUCCCCUUCCCCAGCUUGCAAAGAGAGCUCUACUAAUACUUUUCGCGCGCAGAGAUGAACUGUACCAUAGAAGUCAUCACAGAUCCCUUCUUCCACCUCCUCGAAUUCUACAUCCACAACGACGCACCGCUCUCCUGUCGAAUCCCCUCGCGACCAGAGUCCACCAUCCACCACAAAGACCACCCUCCCAUCGCACAAGAAUACGUGCCCUUAAUCUUCGCCCUCGCAGGCACCCUCCAACUCUCACAUCUACACAUAUCCACCCACCUCAACAUCCUCAUCCAUUCCACGCCCAAACACCACCUCCACCACCACGACUCGGGCGUCAUCGAUUCCGGCGCCGCCUAUUCCACCUCGCCCCUCUCGCACACCACCGGCCCCGCGGCCCUCACGAAGAAACUCGUCAUUGGCGACCCGUUACCCUUACAGCUCUCCGUACGAUGGUUCCCUACCCCCUCGCUGCCGAGGGAGAAUGGGAAGGUGCAGUGGGCGGGUAUGGGAGGACAUUUCUAUGUUAGUACCGCGUUUUAUUGUUUGGUGAGUGCUGGGGCGGGGGCGAGUCUGGUGACGGUUUGGUUUUGGGGGGUGGUGUUGCCGAAGAGGAUAAGGGAUCGGGCGAAGGGGUUGGGUGGUGCGACGCCGUUAGGGUAUGGGGUGGGGAAUGGGUGGGGGAUGGGGAAGAGGGAUUAA